AUGCAUCUCAAGGAACUGCUUUUCAUCGCCCUGAUGGGCAAAAGUGCAAUAGCACACCCAGGCGCUGACCACGCUGCUGAAGCGCUCCAGCGCAAGGCAGCUCUGGCGAGGACUCGCUCUCUUGCAUCAUGCAACAGCGCUCUCGAGGCUCGCGGCAUUCCCCAAGCGGCAGCUCGUCGCCGACAUGCUCUGCUUUCGCAAAUGCAGAAGCGCGUCAUCCUUGAACGCGAUCUCGACACGGCCCUCAACACUACCCAUCACUCCAACCUGACUGGACUGACUGCGGAUACCGACCCAUCUGUCCUUUUCACUGGCAACGGCUCCUGUGCACUUGUCCCCGAGACCACGCAAGGUCCUUACUACGUCACUGGAGAGUUCAUUCGCUCCAAUGUCACCGAGGAUCAGGUCGGUGUACCGCUUUACUUGGACGUACAAUUCAUUGACACCAACACCUGUGAACCGGUGGAAGGAGUGGCUGUGGACUAUUGGCACGCCAACGCCACGGGUUCCUACUCGGGCAUCUCAAGUCAGGCUGGCCUGAACACGACCUGGCUUCGCGGUAUCCAGGUAACGGAUGUGGAUGGUGUCGUUGGUUUCCAGAGUAUUGUGCCUGGACAUUACACUGGAUGUACUCAUCACAUUCACCUUCUCGCUCACAGUCCUGGAAACUGGUCUUUGCUGGAGAAUGGUACCAUCACUGGUGGUCACAGUACGCCGCACAUUGGUCAAGUCUUCUUUGACCAGGAUCUCCUGGACGAGGUAGAGACUCUUGUACCUUACACCUCCAAUACUCAGGAUUGGACCAAGAAUGACGAGGACAACAUUGUCGUCCAGGAGGCCGAAGCCACCGGCGUUGACCCUAUGGUCAACUACGUUCUUCUCGGAGACUCGGUCUCUGAUGGUAUUCUCGCCUGGAUCUCUGUCGGCAUCGACCCUUCCGCCGUCUACGAAGUUGAUUCUGCGGUUCAGCACACGGCUGACGGCGGUGUCGAGGACCCCUGCUUCUUGAUGAUCAACUUGACCCCGGAUGACCCAGACCUGCCUCCUCUGCCUGCUUCCUGCACGGCAGCCAUCACGGCAACUGCUACCGCUACUGCCAGCGCUUAG